CAACAUGAAGUGGCAGCCGUUCAUGUCCACGUUUGUGCUGAACAAGAUGUGUGAGCUCAUCUCUAGUGGAGUUAGGACUGACAAGGGCUUCAAGGAGGUGCACUUGAACACCGUUGCGAAGCAGGUGUUCGAGUUCUGUGGACAAGAGGUGUCUGCCACCCAGGUGUACAACCACCUGAGGAAGUGGAGAAGUCGAUGGAUCCAAGUGUCCAAGCUGAGAGACCUUAGCGGCGCCUCAUGGGAUGAGAACACUUGCUCCAUAGUUCUGGAGGCAGAGCACUACGCCGGCCAUGUUGCGGACUACCCAAGGGACGCUGAGUUCCUCAACACACCCAUCCAGAACUACAACCAGAUGCAGCACAUCUUCUCCUUCGGGCUGGCAACUGGGAAGCAUGCCAUGGGCUCGGGUGAGCCUCUUGGUUCUCCCAUGCCAGACUUCCCUGGGACACCGGACGUCGAGGUCCUUGAUGGCCCUGACAAGCCCACUGCGAAGCCCUUCGACAAGCCAUUUGACCCCGUCCAUGAUAGGAAGAGGAAGAGAGGAGGCUUGAUGGAGGAGGAUAUCAAUGUCUUUUGCAGCAUGACUGAGGCCGUGAAGGAGGUGGCAACAGCCAUCAGGGAGUGCAAGCCCCUCGACGUCCACCCUGACCUGUUUGGCGCUGUCAUGACCCAGGGUGGAUUCAGCGACGAGGCUCUCAUGACAGCUCUCAGCCACCUGCUUGACAACAAGGCCCAGGGUGUUGGGUUCGUUGCCAUGGCCGACGCUCACAGGGUGCUGUGGCUCAGGAGCUGGCUGGGCAAGCACUACAACUAGAGUAGUGCUGCCUGUGAGCGUGCAUGAUCCCCGACGGC